CAAACUCAGCUAGUACCCGUUUUGCUGUCACCGCAUUAUCUCGAAGCACAUUCCCCACAUUCCCUUCCAUAUUAACUCGCACACACGUAUGCAUUAUCGCGUGUCAGUCACUUGAAUAGAGUGAAAUUGUUCGGACGUUUUUCUUUUUCGGUGGAACGACUCUGCUCAUAGUGACUGCCGUGCGUGUGUGACCGGAGAUUUUUUUGAGAUUUUUAUUUAUAAAAUACUGCAGUUGACUGCAAAGUUUAAAAGUGAGUGUACAAAUAUAGGGCGAGUUUAGUGCGGUCAUUUUCGAAACAAAAAAAAAUCUAAAGUGAACAACAAUUAUGGCUGGCAAAUCGAACGAAGAAGUUGAGAAACAGGCCGAGAGCACCGAGCAGAAUCAGGCAGAACAGAAUGCUGUCGUCGAUCCGGAAUGUUUGAUUAAGCACCCACUGCAGUUCACCUGGACCCUGUGGUAUCAGGAACCAGAUCGCACGAAGCUGUGGGAGGAUACCCUCAACGAGGUGACAAGCUUUUCCACUGUGGAGGAUUUUUGGAGUCUCUUCAACCACAUCAAGAGUCCGGCCGACAGUAAGGUUGGCAGUGAUUAUUCGCUCUUCAAAACCGGCAUUCGUCCCAUGUGGGAGGAUGAUGGUAACAAACGUGGUGGCCGAUGGAUGGUGAAUGUUCCUCGACAUCAGCGCCAGGACCUGGACAAAUAUUGGCUGGAUACGAUAUUAUGUCUCAUUGGAGAAGCUUUCGAAAAUGCGGAUGAAAUUUGCGGAGCCGUGGUGAACGUUCGACCAAAGGGAGAUAAAAUUGCAAUUUGGACCGCCAACUUUCAAAAUCGCGAUGCGGUUCUAUCGAUCGGUCGCAUCUACAAGGAACGUUUGGGCUUGAAGGCCCCAAUUACAUAUCACUUCCACAAAGAUACGAUGGCGAAAUCGGGCUCGAGCGUCAAAGCCGCCUACACUGUGUAAACUAUUGUGUGGAAGUCGUCGCGAGCUGGAGAGAAAAACAUAUUUGGAAAAAGGAUAAGCGCGGUUCACUCGGCUCUUCUCAUUUGUAUUUUCAUGUUUCCAUCGUAGUUUAGG